AAUGUGUGAGAUGGGGCUGGCCUCCCCGGAGCUGUCCAGUCUCUCACCAUACUGUGGGGAGACCCCCGACGCUUACUACCAAGAUGACCGCUGGCAAAAGCUGCGCACAGCUGUCAGGAAGCUGGAAUUCUGGGAAAACUUUGAUGUCGAGUUGAUAGGCAGCGGCUUUUUUUCCAAGGUGUACAAGGUCACCCAGAGUGCCGGAAGCAAAGCGAUGGUGGUGAAGAUCUACAAGAAUGAUGUGGACCAGGAGGUGAUUGUGCGUGAGAUCAGCUUGCUGCAGAAGCUCUCCCAUCCCAACAUUGUCAGGUAUCUUGGCAUCUGUGUGAAAGAUGAAAAGUUGUACCCAAUUCUGGAGUAUGUGAAUGGAGGAGUACUGGAAGAGCUUUUGGCUUGCAAGGAUGUCUCUCUCAGCUGGAAAGAGAAGGUGGACCUGGCUUCCGACAUCACCCGAGGGAUGGUUUACUUGCACUCCAAAAACAUAUACCACAGAGACCUCAACUCCAAGAACUGCCUCAUUCGGGUGACCCAACGGGGGCGGGAGGCCUUGGUGGCGGAUUUUGGCCUCGCCAAAGAAGUGGCAGAGUUUUCUGCAAAGGGCCCCGAGAGGAAGCUUUCUCUCGUGGGUUCGGCUUUCUGGAUGGCCCCUGAGAUGUUGCGAGGGGAGCCUUACGACAGGAAGGUGGACGUCUUCUCCUUUGGCAUUGUCCUGUGUGAGAUACUGGGCAGGAUUCCUGCAGAUCCAGAGGUGCUGCCUCGGACCCAGGAUUAUGGCCUGAAUGUAGCUGCCUUCCAGGAAAUGAUUGGUGGAUGCCCCAAGCAAGUUUUGGACUUGGCCGCCAGCUGUUGUCGACUGGAAGCGUUCAAGCGGCCGUCGUUUACCGAGCUCCUGGAGGAACUGGAAGAUGCCGCAGAGAGGCUGGAGCCCACGACGGACCAUCAGUCCCCAGGGUGA